AUGUCUGCGACCAACCUCUCGCCCUGCAAACGUGAGGACUCAGCCCCGCGCUGUGGAGACGGGCUGGGUGUGCUUCAUGAGAGGACAAUGGGUUUCUUGAGGAUGGCCGGGCCGCACCCCGCAGCUAGAAAAGAGGCGACGGCCGGACUGAUGGUGAGGCCGACAGCUUGGUCCGUCCACAAGGGCCGCUGCGGGACACGUCCCUUCGGCCGAGGCCCUGCACGGCGGCCAGAUGUUGCAAGAGCAAUUGAGUUACUGGAGAAACUGCAAGAAUCUGGAGAAGUACCAGUACACAAGCUACAGUCCCUAAAGAAGGUGCUGCAGAGUGAGUUUUGUACAGCUAUCAGAGAGGUGUAUCAAUACAUGCAUGAAACCAUAACUGUUAAUGGCUGCCCCGAAUUCCGAGCCAGGGCCACUGCAAAGGCAACAGUUGCUGCUUUUGCUGCAAGCGAAGGCCAUUCACACCCGCGAGUGGUGGAGCUGCCAAAGACUGAUGAAGGCCUGGGCUUUAAUGUCAUGGGAGGAAAGGAACAAAAUUCACCUAUUUAUAUUUCUCGCAUCAUUCCUGGAGGAGUGGCAGAAAGGCAUGGAGGGCUCAAACGGGGGGACCAGCUGCUUUCGGUUAAUGGAGUGAGUGUGGAAGGAGAACACCACGAGAAGGCGGUGGAGCUGCUGAAGGCGGCUAAGGACAGCGUCAAGCUGGUGGUACGCUACACUCCCAAGGUGCUGGAGGAGAUGGAGGCUCGCUUCGAAAAACUGAGAACAGCCCGGCGCCGGCAACAGCAGCAAUUGCUCAUCCAGCAGCAGCAACAGCAGCAAAAUACACAGCAAAACCAUAUGUCGUAGGUUAUUCUCAAGAAAAAAAAAGCCUCGAUCAAGAGUUCAGUAAUCAAGCAACCAGAGCUGUACUUCAGUAUUCCAGCAAAAGGAAACAACUACAGGAACACAAAACAGAAUUCAUCUGGAGAACGUGCAGUAUAAGAAUUAUGUAGUUAAGACAGUCAUAGGGAAGGUACCUUCAUGAUAAGGCUUUUCAGCACACCGCAGUCACAGAUACAUAGUACUUCUGUGACUCUAUUCCUAAUGAGAACAGCAUGAUAGGUAAACCCUAUGAAACAGAGAAGUCCAGGGCUUCCAAAUAAUUCUGUUUGAUCUAAUCUUGCACUCCUUAGUCUGACAAAUUGGUCUGUUGGCUUUCUCUAGUCACUGAAAGUUUUGUUUUAAGGAGAUCAAGAUUGGCUGCUUUUGGGGACAGAAUCUUUCUUUACAGUUGUCUCCAGAAAUGAACAACUACAUCAGUUCAAAAUUUUGCCACAGACAUCAAACUCAUACAUCACGCUUCAUAGCCACUUUGUACUAUAUAUUG